UAAAACAAAAAAAAACCAGGUAACUAAACACACUAGAAACACGAGUCCAGUCUUUAGGUACCUAGAAACACAAGGACUGUAAUCUUACUCUCUCAGAGAGAAGAAUGUACCACAAGAGGUGGUAGAACUUAGCAGAGGAACGGAAGGGAACACAGGACAGAGGGAGACAUUUAGGAAACCCCUCCACAUCCUUAUGUACCUGCGGAUGAAAAGACUGAGCAAGGGCUGGGGGAGGUGCAUGUACAUAUAAAAAAUACACAGAAGAAAAAGAAUACAAUAAAUUUUAACAGGGACAGGAAACACAGAAGAGAAAUAGAUGACACUAUGAGACAAAAGGAUAUCUAAAAGUUAAGAAACCAGAAUGUGCAGAGAGAAAAAAAUAAAGCACUGUAUCACAAAAAGCCUCAUUUUAAAAUGAAGAGACAAUUAAAAAUGUAAAUACGAUACAAAUUUGAUUUAAACCAAAGAUAUUUGCUACUUGCAUAUUGAAAAGAUGAGCUAUGUAUUUAAUCUUAUAAGAUGUACAGCAAAUUCUUGCAAAAUUUUAGGAAAGACUGAAAACGUAGAAGAGGAUUAAGGACUAAAUAAGAAAUACGUAAGAGUGUUAAUAUUACUCUUUGAAGCCAUCUUCCGGAGAGCUGAGAUCAGUAUAAGAGUGAGUUAGAAGCAACUAUGUUCCCUAAGCUUGAGCAAUCUAUCAGAAAUUUUGGGUAGCUUUAUUUCCUAAUGUAUACUAUGCUGUAUUUGAAAUAAAACAAAAUUCUCAGGUAUUUAAUGAAGAACAAUGCUGUCACAAAAGGAUUACAUAUUUGUUUUUACAAAAAGCAUCGGUAUUAUGUGGCACUAACUCAGGUUAGACACAUGUUGCUGUAACUGCUGACUCAUCCCAACAAGGAUCCACCACCACUGAAAUAAAUGGCAGCACCAGCUUCAGGACUUACGGAUUGCGUAUUUCUUCAAGUACAUUUAGCUGUGUAGCACCAGAACUUGCACAAGAACCACAACGAUGCUACAGCACUGAUGCUAUUAACCAGCACUAAUUGAAAUUAUGGGGUUAUCUACAAAAAAAAAACCCUCAGCUACAUGAAACCAAAUACAACACAGAUACAUUUACUUCACUGACACAAACACCUGACUGAAGAAAACUCUUAUGUUUGCUGUACUUUGAGAACAAAGUUUUUAUAAACAGUGCAUUCUGGGAAGUAUUCGUCCAGUACAGAACUAGAAAAUACAGCUACAGAACCGAGCCUCCUGUACACUACACUAAGACCACUGACAUUCUAACCCAAGAGAGAACAGACCAGAUGAGCCUCAGACUCAGAGGAUAAAGAAUAUGGUCAUUCCCUGAACUUGUUCAAAAAGCAAGAUGCACUAUUUUUUUUUAGUUCUGCAGCACACAACACAAGCUUGUUUUUUCCUCACAGAAAGUUACCCAAGAAGUGUUACUCAAUUAGCUAUUUUCAGCUUUAAAAGUCUUAUUAAAAAAUACGUCUAUGCUUUUCAGAAGAACUCACAGCUACUAUCUGACACUCAUUUAACAACAACAUUCACUGGAGAAGUUACAAAGGUCCUAUCAAUUAAGAAAAAAAGAUGUCAUUUCCUUCCAUUGUUAUUAAUACUCGAGACAGCUCUUACACUAGCAAGCUAUUAGCUCACAGGCUCUACACUGAUGCUUCUAAAACAUUUGGGGUUUAAAAAGAAAAGAAAGUAGCAUCAUAAACAAUAUUGUGAAACCUACUGCAGCAAUGAUGUCUGUAUCACUGUUUCAGCCACGUACACGACAGGCAUGCUUGAGGCAAUUCAGGCCAUGUUAUUCAUAGUGCUUAAGACAGUUGGUUUUGGUCCCAAGAAUGGAACUACUGAAGUCAGGUUUUGUAUUUCACAUGGGCAGGAAACUGCAUCCCCACUGCCCACCGUGGAAUUAGUAACACACAGCUCCAACAAGGUGACAUAACUUAAAAGUGCUUGCCAAGAUCACAAAGAAGGGAUAUCCUGUCUCUCCUCUAAGUUUGACAGCAUUAAAAAAAAAAUUAAGAAACAAUAAGAGGCAAUGAAGGACUAAGUUUUGUUGCAUCUGAGGAUGGUAUCACCCAUGAUUGAAAAAAAACUUCCAAACAAACCAGCACUCCAGCAUGUCACACCAGGUGACUGACCUGAUAACACAGUUCUGUGGGAGUAAAGAAAAGGCAGCGUAUCUGUUUUCUGGUACUGAGGUACCAUAGCAAGCAAUAUCCGAGGACAGUAAGGUUAUGUGUCAAAACAGCAUUACAUGAUACUCAACAUUAGGCAGAUCAACCAAGAAACCAGCUCUUUACAGUGUCCUAGUAUACUGACACUGCAAACUGUUCCUAGAUCUGUGAACACUCCUUCCAGCUGUAAUGACCAGUUCAGAGUCAGUACUUGGCAAUGUUUUAAGAAGGAAAAAACAAAAAUGCAGUCUAUGGUUUUGCCUUGGACUAAUUGACUGGACUUCCUGAAGAGAAGGAGCAGGAAAAAAGGGCACCUCUGUUCAAAUCUGUCACAAAGCCAUCAAUGGUGUUUACAGAAAACUUCAGAUAGAACCCAGUGGUAUUCAGCCAAAAAAGCCUACAGCUGUGCAACAUGGAGUUGAAGAGAGACUUAACUGCAAAGGGCAAGACUGGGAUUCUGGGACAUGGCUCCAUGGCAACACAUUCAUGUAGAGAACUUAUCUACUACCAUAGCAAACAGUGCUGCUCUCCACACUGCCUGUCCAUGUUUCCUGUGACAUGCUCAGUGCUUGGAGAGAAUAAGCACAAAAGCAGGACUGACAGGAACACAACCUCCUCUGAACAGGGGAAAAACCCAGGGAAGUCCAAGCGUGUUAAUUUGUUCUAUUCUUUCUGCUGCAAACCAGACGUUUCCACAAGAAGAGGACAAAAAGAAAAUCCUUUGCAGCAAGUAUUCUUAAUGGCAUUCAAAUAACUUUGCCUACACAAGUAAUUUUGUAGCUCAUUUUGCAGAAGAAUAAAACAAGUGGCGUUAAGGUAACUUUUCAAAAGAAAUACUACCUUCUCAUUGGGACAGCAUUUAACUAUGGGAACACACAUUGUGAAUUGAGUCACCAACAGCCAGAGUCAGUGACAGAAAUCUGAAGUUCUGGUGACAUUUGCUGUCUCUACAUUUUCUCUCCCUUCAUAAACUCUCAAUCUCAAUUGUCAGACUUAAACAUGCCAUUAAAUAUCACUAUAUUCUUCACUAAACCCACUGCCACCCAUCAGCAUGAGGAGUCUCUAAAUGCAGAUAUACGAACAAAAGUUAACCUGGAAAUCACAUACUGUAGCUACUCCAUCUGCUGUACAAACAUGCGUUGUUUUCAAGUCAUUCCACUGAACCAGAUUAGAAAACAUGUGACUGGGCACCACAAGCUUUCCACAGUGCAGAAUACAUUCUGUAAGAAAACUCUGCUUUAAACAAAUAACACUCAUGCCACCCUACUGGUGAAUAAAAGAUCUUCUUCAGAGGACACUUCUCUGGAUUAUAGAGGGAAGAGUCAAGGCCAAGUCACAUCACACUAUCCUAAAGGCUUACCAAAAUGGCGGCACUACAUUACUUGCGGUGGUUCUGAAGGUCACACUAUGCCUACCACCAUUUUCAGUGCUGUGCCUGAACAUGUACUAAAAACGUUCCAUGCUAAUGAAGCAAAGAAUUAACACUUUGCAAUUUAGUGUUGGGGGAAAGUUAAAGAAAAAAAUGAGGGAGGAUUUUGUUCCCUAAGCAGGAAAGUCUACAUUAAUAAUUUUCCCAGCAGGCCUUCAGUAGUUUUAGUGCAAACAACCACAGCCUUUGUUUCUCAGAUCCUCUUACAUAUGACGUUCAACCAAAGCCCUCAGAUCAGCAGCUCAUAAAGGGGGAAAAAAGGGAGAAAUACAACUGCAUUACAAAGCUGUCCUCAGAGUUCAGUUCAGUAGUGCAGCACAAUGGUUGCCCUGUGCAUUCCUUCAGCAAGAAGAUUUUCCUUACAAGAACUCUCCCAAUUUCCUCUAACUUGGUAAGUGAAAGGCAGAACAUAGCUUAAGUGAAAAUGGUUUCACUUACUGCAUGGAAUCAGCUCCACUUACCUAGUCUGCAUUGUUUCAUUCCCAGGCUUUGGUAAAAUCCUGUCACUAAUUUCAUGUUUUCACUAAAGGAGCAAUGUGGAGAAGUAGCCAGCAGAUUUACAUCUUCUGACUAGAAUUAACCUACAGCUUAGCAGGGACCACAGGCUACACUGUUAGCUGCAGCCCACACUUCUUUACUAGAGCCACUGAACAGGCCAGGACCUAAUGAGGAGAAGCAGCAAGAAGACAAGACUUCCCUUUCUACCUCAACAAAACACUGGUUAGGAAGAAAGUAUCAGACAACCCCUUGUUUCUCAGCAGCAAUCUCAGAGCUUUUUCCUUUCAGUUUUUCCAGAGGAAUUUUGGCCUUUUGAACUUGCAAGUAAAACUUUAAGCAAGAUUAAACAAAUCUAAAUAACAACCUUGAUGAAGGAGGGGAGGGGAAAAUGCACCCCUUCCCCAAGUAGGCAUUUGAGGAUUUCUCCUUGGCUGCUAAGGGUUUGUGUUGGGUGAAGAAAAACGCUCCUAACAAACCAGCAUUCUUUUCCACAUGAUCAGAGCUAACCAGCUCCCCUGCAGGCAAACUGACCAAUCGAAUCAGCUUCAGAUGAAAACCAGCCCCCUUGCACUAUAAACACAGGAACGAGACAUACAAACCCCCCUUUUUUUUUUUUUUUUUGAAAAGGAGAUCUCUACCAGUCACUUGUGGGAAGCUUCUUGCCAGUGCUGGGACCAAUACACAAGUGGUCCAGUCCCUUCUCUAGAGCCCAGGUACACCCCUUCUCCAGCAUACAAGCAAAUCCUUCAAAGACUGAACAUGAGAACAGAUAUGAUAGAGAGCAAUAACACCAAAUCCAGCGCUCCCCUCCUAACCCAAAGAUAUCUGAGAAUGGUCACAAAGGAUGGACACAGCACCUUUCAGAUGGAUGGUGCACAAGGACAAGGUCUGGCAUACCUCCGAGAUGCGUGGGGAAUACUAAUGGACAUGCGCUGGAGAUGGAUGAUGCUCGUCUUUUCCGCUUCUUUUGUGAUUCACUGGCUAGUCUUUGCAGUGCUUUGGUACGUGUUGGCUGAAAUGAACGGGGACCUGGAGCUGGACCACAAUUCUCCACCUGAGAACCACACUAUUUGUGUGAAGUACAUCACCAGCUUUACAGCUGCAUUCUCCUUCUCACUGGAGACACAACUCACCAUUGGUUAUGGUACUAUGUUCCCAAGCGGGGACUGCCCUAGUGCUAUUGCCCUGCUUGCAAUACAGAUGGUCUUAGGGCUCAUGCUGGAAGCUUUCAUCACAGGUGCUUUUGUGGCAAAGAUCGCCCGACCAAAGAACCGAGCAUUCUCCAUCCGCUUCACUCGCUCUGCCAUAGUGACACACACUGAGGGGAAGCCAUACCUUAUGUUUCAGGUGGCUAACACACGCUCCAGCCCACUGACCAGCGUCCAGAUUUCUGCUAUUCUUUACCAAGAACAGGAGAAUGGUCAGCUGCACCAAACUAGUAUUGGCUUCCACCUAGACAGCAUUACUUUGGAUGAGUGUCCUUUUUUCACCUUCCCACUGACCUACUACCACUCAAUCACCCCAUCCAGCCCAUUGGCUACUCUCCUCCAAAGGGAGGCUGCUCGCCAUUUUGAGCUAGUCGUCUUUCUGUCAGCGGUCCAGGAAGGGACGGGAGAAAUAUGUCAGAGGAGGACAUCCUAUCUCCCCUCAGAGAUCAUGCUGUACCAUCGUUUUGCCCCUGUGCUAGCCCGCAGUGCCAAAGGUGAAUAUCAGAUCAAGAUGGAGAAUUUUGACAAGAUAAUUCCUGAGCUCCCAGCUGCAGCUGACUCAAUGAGUCCAAGAAGGACUGCCAAGGAGAUCAGCAUCAACGGACAGCAUGUCGACAGCUUCCAGCUCUCUGAGACUGGCCUCACAGAAUAGAUGGAACAGACUUUGAACUUUGUGCUUUUUUUAAUUAUUAUUACAUUAAACUUUGAGGUCCCAUUGACAACCAUCCUUCCUUGCUUGCCCUGCCAUCUUCUAAUGAUAUCUCCUAUUUUCCUCCUUCUGAUUACAACACAAUAUGCAAAGCAAAGAACUGGUGUGCCCAUGUAAGCUUGGGAGAGGCUGGAUCAACCACCUCGGACAAAGGCAGGUAAAAGAUUCACAGCACUGCUUCUGGGAAAUCAGAAGAGCUACCUGCUGAAGUCACUAGACUAUAAUUAAAGUUGCAUGACUCUGAGAGACCUCCAAAGCUGAGCAAAAUCCUAAUUAACCAGCCUGUGACAUAAUUGGACAGCAGAAAUACAAGAGAAAUCUUAUGCAAAACCUAUAUGGGGUCACUCAGUCAAUACAUUAGUCCUUGGAUAAGCAAUUCAGUUGAUUCAAGACCCUAAUUUUUCUAUUAUCUUCACUCUUUGCGGAUACUGGGUUAUAUCUGAUUUCAGAGGGAUGAACUUACUCUUAGGAAGUAUUGUCAACCUCCCACAACAGUGAGAAGUACCCCUGCUGCGCUUGCUUAUUAAGCAAAACUGUAAAUACUAUCUGUAGUUUUUCGUUAUGUCAAAUAUAAGGAGAACUUAUCUCCUCAUAGGUCUACAAAGACAUUAUCAAAAAAUCUUGAUGUAUAUGGCAAAUGCUGACUGGAAAUUUUUUCAUAUUUGGAAACACCAAAUAAAUUAUUUAGCAGUGGAAAGCAGACCACCCUAAAUGAAUGGAUGUGCUUUUUUGAAAGGAUCUCACGCGUCCUCAGCUUUGUGCUGCUUCUCAAGUAGGUCUGACCCAGGAGGAUGCAUUGCAUCCACACGAGAAGUAGAACUGCAUCCAUUUGUAUUUUAUGCCUUUUAACAUCAAUAUUUGCCUCUACAUACAGCACAAAAAUAUUUACAAAGACACUUCAAUCAAUUUUAAAAUAAAAAAUUAAACUAUACAUGAGACUUUUGUAUUUAAGUGCCUCAUAAGUCUAUAGCAAUUAAGACUUAAAUCUGAAGCUCCUAAAUAAUUUAAAAAGCUAGAUAAUAAAUAGAACAAUGGAUAAUUAUAACCUCUUAACAAAAGCAAUGUCUAUUAUGUGUUCAUACUUAAAGUCAAGUAUCAAAAUAGAGUUAAUUUCUCAAAAGUAAAAGACCUUUACCACAAAGAUGGCACAACUAACUUUCAUUUACAGAAGCAUAAUACUUUAUGAAACGUGCUUCCUUUUAACUUCAGUGGUCAGCAGCAGGAAUAAAGGGACAAGAUACCAUUAAGCAAACUCUUCUCAAGCCUCAAAAGCAAACUGUGUUCAUAACCAGAAAGAGCUGAGCAAAAGCUACUUUGUCCUAGGGUCUGUACUUCCUAAUCUCCAUAACGUGAUGGCUGAAAAUAACAAACAAGUCUUCUAUGCCAGCAAUUGCACUGGUCAUUACAGAGUUGCUCACUCUUUGGCAAUGGGAAACAGCAGCUCCAAAAAAACAUUUCACAUGGGAAAAGAAAGAAACAGAAGAGCCACAUUUUGACUACAAUUCACCUUGUUUCCAACUUGUUUAAGCACUGCCUCUCCACACUACAAAUUUUAACUGGAUUUUGUUAUAGAUUUUCUCAUAAUCUUUCAUGGAAUUUAACUUUAUGUGAAAGCAUUAAUGAAUACUGUGGAGCUUGCAAUCAAAUUACACAGCCUUCAACCCUGCUUUUCUCAGUUGUUGAUCCAUACUCAGUUUAGAGAUCCCUCCUCAAUUCUCCUAUCAGUACCAAUAAUUUUCUAUUAUUUCCUUCUACAGUGUUAUUCAACAGCUUCUCUCCCAAUCUAAUGUAUUGAUAAAAGUCUGACAAAUUAAGAAGCAUUGCAAGAGCAACAGAAUGGAUUUCUGCAUCAAGUUCAAAAUAACCAAGAGCAGAGUUCUGUGUGAGGCCCUGCGUUUUCUCUCUUACAUACUCCAGCCUCAGACAAAUUAUUGUAAAAUUCACAUGUAUAAUCUCAACAGGGUGGCACUAUAAUCACAUCUUUUAGAGCCAAAGCUAUAAAAAGCUAUUUCUAAUUUCAAUUAGCAUCUAAUCAAAGUGUGGACUGCUUAGUCCAAUUUCUAAAUUGACUUGAGACUUGAAAGUUGUCCCUUCUUUUAAAAAUCAUUUACUAUUUAUAAAUGUUUAAAAGGGGGUAGAGCAGCAAGUAUAAAGGAAGAAUACAUUUAGUAUACCCUAGAUGCUAUCUUCAAAUGCUGCAUUUUGGAAUAUACAGCUGAAGAACACUGCUGAAGCAAAUGAGACAUACGAACAACUGUAUUGUUAUCUCAGAACAGCUGCAGAAUAAAAGGUACGUAGAACAUCCACAUUACUUUCAUCAUUCUGCAGAACUGGUGAACCAUGGAGGUCUCAAGAAGCACUGGAAAUGGCCAUGGUGCAAAUCAGAAGCCUAGAAAAAACUGCUCACAAGCAUGGAUGCAAAGUUGCAUUCUAGGCUUUCAAUAACACUGCAAGAGCAAACUUGUGAUGAAUCUUCUUUGGAUAUACCUCUUACUAGUGAGGAAGGGAAGAAAAACAAGCCAGGCAACAUGAAAGAAAUUCAACAUUCUUGUUAUAUUCACAGGAGCAUCCCUUUUACACUCAACUUAAUCAAUAAACACACAUUAAACAGAACUAAAUCAGGUUCCACAACUGACUUUCUAAACGUCUUGUGUAAUCUAUAAUUAUUUCUUACCAGUGUGUAAUUGCUGGUAACUACUCAAAUCCCCAGAGCUACUAAGCUGGCAUCAGUCAAGAGGCUGCACAGAAAAUUAAGCAGCUUUCGUGCAACUCUAAAACAGCUGUGAUCUAGAAAACAACGUGCUCAUUUUCUUUGCUAAUGGCUUCAGCCUUCCAAAAGCAAUUUGCCAUCUCAGUAAAGUCUGUCAAGACUUCCACAAUCCACAAGAGAAACUCCAAAUACAUUGUGCAUCUUACUUUGCAAACUGGAACUGUUUAUGUUGAGAAUCAGCUAAAUGUGAACUUGCAAACUGUUACAAGUGCAAAACUCCUUUGAAGAACAGUAUAUUAUUCAAUACUUGAGAAGUGCUUCUGCACUGAUUUCUCCUCUUUUACUUCAUCAUUUUUAAUUGAAAGGUUCUUGCCUCGUCACCCAUUAUGAAUGCUCAGAAAAGCUUCCUCUUGUCCUUUAUUAAUUUUGUAAUGUGAUCACUCUGAACAAAGAAAAUGAAAAAGUUGACAGCACAGUAAAAUUAAAGAAUAAAAUCCUAAACUAGGAAUUUUAAGCAGAAUAGAAAUCAACAAACGUAUCUGCUACAGCACAUUAGCCUACAUUUUAAACUGCAUGUUAACUCACUCCAUCCUCCUGCUUUCACUACCGUGUGAGUGAUAUACUAGUGCCUGGUGUUAAUGAGCAACUUCUUUUGGUACCAUCCGUACUUGAUGCUUUAAGUGUUUUGUCAUUCAAAAGCAUGUACAUAUUAUUUGUUAAUCAAGGCUUGAAUCAAAACAGAUCAGUACCUUCUUUGCAUUCCACCUUACUUCUUUGAAGAUAAAGAGGAAAGAAAUGGUCCUCCCACUUACGAGGCCAUUAAUCUGAAACAGUCAUUUACCUUUGUUAUUGCUCUAAUUAUUUUACAUUAAGACAUCACAAAGACUCUGUCUCUUGUCUCUAUUAUAUUGUGCUAUAGAGGUUUUGGUCAAAUAACAUUAAACUAGAAGAGUAAUUCAGCAAGAGACUUAAAGAGAAGCAACUAGGUACUAGGUAAAGUUUAAUAACUGGAAAGGAAGCACCUCAUCCUUUACAAUGAACCACGACUUUAAGAAAGCACAAGAUACCAUCUUUCCAGAAAAUAAUUCCCAGAGAUGCACUCCGAAGUCCUGAUGACUACCACUUAUUACGAACAAGACAUUCUGAAGUAGGUUCAGCAUUAACACCCAGGUUCAGGUCCAAGUCAGCUUCUGUAAGAACACCUUGCACAAAUUAAGUUCUCAAGCUCUACUGAGAGAUGCAUCUCAUCCUGAAGUGACAGGCAAUAUUUUCAUCACAGUGUCAAUCAGAAAUUUGGCACAACGUUCAGUCUGGUGAAGUGCUUUAUUUGAGGUGCUUUAUUUUAUCAGAUGAACAAAAAGGGGCUAAAAAAAAUAACCAGUGAUGUUAACCAGAUACUACUACUGCUGUUAACCAGAUACUACUACUGCUGUUUCCACAUUCAUUUGUCUUUUGUUAAAAAAAUGCAGUCCUGAAACUUCAGCAGUACUUUUUUUCCCCGUUUUCCAAAGGUCUCUGACUAGAAACACACACUGAAAGACAAACUUUCACUACUGGAGAUAUAAAGUGUGGCAAACUCAGAGAAAUCCCAAGUUAUUUUUUCAGGAGAAAGCUCUUUCAAGGAAAAGAGGAGAAGAGGAAAACUAGCACCAUCCCAGUUAAUCGUUUUUCAUUUUAAAAACAAGAAAAUGAAAAGCAUUUGUUAAAAUAUAUGAAAAAGAAUCAAUGUGUACAUGGAGAGAGAAUUCAGAAGGCUUUGAAAGGAAACACAGUACUAAGAUGCCCAGAAGCAUGGGCCACCAUGGUAAUCUGGAUUACUGAGACAGAAACUUAUACCACUCUCUUUUAAAAAAAUAAAUAAGUAUUAAUAAGUAUUGACUGCUGUUCAGGCAUUAAAACACAUUCCUAUCAACUUCCAGUUGCAACUGAAUCUCUUCUGGGUGUUUUUGUUCUAAAAGCCAACCUGCAACCAUAUUUUCUGACCUGUGCUUUUCCAGCACAUUCACUAUGGAGGCUGUUUAGCCAAGUCUCCUUCAAAGUCUACUAAAAAGUCUAGUAAGAGUUUGCUGACAGUCCUGCCAAGAACUCCCACUAAACACAGCUGCAGUAAAUGCACGUGGAAAUAUGGCACAGAGAAAGGGCAAUGUCACAUGAGGGAACAAGCAGUGCACGAUCCCAUGAAACAGAACUUAAAAUACACCUAGCUGACAGAGGAGAACCUUCCUUCUUAUCACUCACACAAUGCAGAUUCUACCUAAAUGGGUAUGUUCCACUUUCCAGGCAGCAGUACACUCCAAAUCAAAAUCAGGUGAAUAAUCGAAGAGAUACACUGGGUCAAAAUUAAUGAUUUUUCCUGAACAUGUCCAGUGUGAACUGUUUAAGGAAUAUAAUCAGGAACACAGCAGAUACACUUACUGGUAUAUAGUCUUUCAGCUGUACUGGGAGACAAGAGGAAACAAGCAACUUGAACGUACAGAAGAUUUCUGUGAGAACUUAAACUAGUUGGACAGACAUUCAUUCCAUAAAUAUGGGAACCUCAACAAAGUGCCAUCAGAAUCUACCCCACACAAGUGAGUAUUCAAGAGAAACCAAACACUUGACAUGGUCCAGAAGCUCUAGAUACCAAAAUAACACAUGCCAGGGAUAUUUAAAAGCUGCGUUUAAAUGGCCAAUUCCACAGAGUACCACAGAGCUAAUCAGUGAAGGCUCUUCUUAGAUGCACAAGAAUUUUGUUCCAACUACAGACAACACGACUUAGUUGAAUAAAUAAAAUCUACUUGGGGCGGAAGCAACACUGAAAGUACAUUCAGAGUAAAGCAGCACAGUAUCACGAACCUUCUAUUAAUAAUAAACUUGAAGCAGGUAAGAAAGCUUUAAGUACAUACAAGCCCUUUCCCCCAGACAUAUCCUUGCUCCUCCCUCCCAUCUUCUACCCAUACAGUAACA